CCGGCGUUCACACCGAGGCUCCGUCAGCGUCAGUGUUACCCUGUACCGAGCACCGACGACCAGAGGAGAGCACAGAAAACCACUAUCUGUUCAGGCAUUUUCAGGCAGCGGAGCAGCCAUGGUGAAGCUGGGCAGCAAUCUGUCUGAUAAGCUGGAGAAGCAGCCGUCCGCUGAUGACGGCUUUGAUAACAUCCCUCUCAUUACACCCCUGGAGGUCAGUCAGCUCCAGCAGUCAUUUGCGGACAAGGUCAUUGUGAAGACGUCAACACAGUAUCAGCUGCAACAGAAGAAGAAGCUGUAUGUGCCCAGCAUUAAGAAGCUGAAUAUCAACUUCUACAGUGAUGUUUCAGAUAAAGCAAAGAUCACAGGUCUGAUCCUCAUCACUUUGGCCUUUCUGACCAGCCUGCUCCUCCUCCUCAUGUACAAAGCCAUGUGGUACGACCAACUCACCUGCCCAGGGGGUUUCAUCCUGAAGCAGAAGCACUGCGCUCCAACCACUCUGGAGAUGUACUACAGUGAGGAGCAGCAGCAGAAGGAGCCAGACAUCCAUAGCAGCCCUAACACGGGGCUUUACACCGCCCUCAGCCACCUCAACCAGAUGAACAGGGUAGGGCCUGAGCUGCCUCCACCAUGGUUACCUGUCAUCAGCGCUCUGAAAGAGGCUGAGGCAGCCAAAGAAGACAGCGAGGCAGAGAGAGGAGAGCUGCAUGGAGAGGAGUGAAGAGCCUGGGGAUGUUAAGAGUUAGAGAGGGGGUAAUGAUGAUGGGGAGGUAGAGCAGUGUCUGUGUGUGCUUAUUCAUGUUCUUUUUUUAUUCUUGUAGAGCCAGUUGAACCACCUAAAUGGGUGCUUGAGAACCUUAAAAUGUCUAUCUACUGAAAACAGACAUCAGCAACCUCCAGCUUGUCAUUUUGUUGAUAUUGAAAUCAUUUCCCAACUACUGGUUUGUGAGUUUGUGUAUUUGUGUGCAGAGGUGGGCACAGUUCAUCAGAAAUUAACUCUGUUCACUGUUAAUCCAUUAGCAAACAGAUUAACUUCCAUCACAGUUAAUCUGUUAAUUCUGUUCAACAAUAACAGAAGUUUGCUUCAGUGUUAGCACUAAAACCUGUUGAAAGUCCAACAGUCUGCCCCUGCGCUGGCAGUGUGCUGUCGAAGAAAAUAUACAGAAUACGAUGUCGUAUUAUUAAAACUUUUUGAUCUGUGACAGAGCGCAAACAUUUAGUAUAUUCAUGCACUACACCACAAAGCAAAUUCACAAAAGCCAGAGAAAAAGUAGCCCUGCAACUACUUAGUCCUUAUAAAAACAGCAGGGAAAUAGCCUAUAUAUUCUGGGACAGUCUGUAUGUCUUGCACCCAGCUACAGCAACAAACAUCUGAGUACAGGCAAUAUUUUAACCCACAAAAAUGAGUUUAAACAGCACAUAAUACAGCCAUCAGAGUGAAAAAAUGGCUUAAUGGAGAUCAUGAACUGCUUUGUGACUGUGAAUAAUGAACCUAACUCUUUACACUGCGCCUGAUAUUUUAGUCAAGGUCAGCUCAGACAACACGAUUUUUUCUCUUUCACACUGGCGCCAUGUCAGACUCUGCGUCAAAAAUCUUGUCCAGUCUUGGCCAACAGACUGGCCACACUACAAGUGUGAUCCCAACCAGUCAUCAUAUGCUGUCCUCACUUCUGUCUCUGUGACUGUGUGCAAGUUCACAGGUCAGCAUGGAGAAGGGUCAGAGAUUGUUAAUCAUAACUUCAGCAGGAGCGCUGGUUGUAAUGCUAGUGGUCUUGAGCUCCUGGUUAUCAUUCAAAUAGUAAAAGGGAUGAAUGUGAUAGCAUGUCAAGAAAAUUAGCCCUAUUAGCCUAGCUAUGCUAAAUUCGCUGUAUGUAUACAGAAGAUCCCCAAAGGGAGAAAACGUGGGUAUUUUAAAAAAGCCACCCUGGUAAAUGAUGACACAAGGAUAGAUGGAAGUUACCAGAAAAUUUCUGACAUACUAGUCUUGUUGAAUCGUGGACAUGGACACAUCUUUGAUUAUGAUACACUACAAGAGCAUUUUUUUUGUUCCAGACACUCAUAUUUAAGCCCAACAUUUGAUGAUGAGCUGUCACAGCAUAGUCAGGCUAAAAUCUGGCUCCCAGGCCUUUGAAUUACUCCAGACAGUGUGGCCCUCAGCAACACAAUGGAGUCACUUUCAUUUAUUCAACCUAGCCUGUAUGAAUUGCAGAUUAAAAGUUUUGGGGUGAAAAAUCAUCUCAGAAAAAAACAAAAUCGGAUGACAAAAAAGACCCCUCAAAAGCAACAGGGGGGCUGCAGCACCUGGAGAACACCUACUUCCUGCAGAUACACUCCAGAAUAAGAAUAGGUAUACAGUAAAUGCUAGAAUACUCCAUGUGGCCAUCAUUACUUGAGUGAUGUUUCAUUAUUUGCGUUUUGGUCUGUGGAGGAAGUGAUGAAAGCUAAGGAUGUUCCUAGGUGUAUAAUUUCCCAUCUGGUCAAACAAAAAAUAUUAUUGUAUUUAAGUGACUAGUCUAAAGUCAAAAAAUACAUUCUGGAAACCAACUUCACACUGCAACAAUAAACAAUGUCACACCGUAAAGGUUUGGAGGUGGUUUGCUGAACAUUGCUUAUGUUAGCAGUGUUAACACCACAAACCUUCAAUUCUCUUUGCAGGUUAAUGUCCUCAAAAUACUUGCGUUAUGCGUGAGUAUAACCUAACACAGCCUCUGGAGAACUCUAGAUCGAAAUGCUAAACCGUGCUAUUCCUAUGAGAUGCUACUGGUAUGAAAUCAGUUUUCAGUUUGUACAGAAUUAAGAGCAUUGUAGUAAAGAGGCAGUAGUCUUAAAAACAACUACAGUGGCUGCUAGUGGCAGAUGGCUGCAUUACAGUUGAGUUGGAGCAUUUGACUGGUAUUGUGGUCCUAAACUAAUUUUAAAAAAUGAUUAUAAUUACUUUAACCAACUCUUAUUCUGGUGCUGACUCCAAAAGGAUCUGAAUUUAGAAAAAAAAUAGGCAUGGUCCUUUUUUAUAGAGAUAUCAGUGCCAAUUUAUACACAUUGUGUCUUUGAAUAGACUCUCUAAAGCUCAGGUUGAGUGUGAGAACAGAGGUGAACUCAAGUAAGAAAAAUUACCAGAUUACCAGAAGUUAAACAUUUCAAUAAUCAUUUCAAACGAUCUCAUAUGUAAAAUGUUUGGAAAAAGAAAUGCUGAUAGUUAAUGGUUAAUGGAUUAACAGACAUGCCCAGCUCUGUUUGUAUGCGGUACAUUUGUGUGGUUGGAGGCAGGAAUGUAAUUAAAGUGUUGGAGAAUGUGUCUGCCUUUUACAGCGUCACUGAAACUAAACUCUACCACCUUUAUUCUAUGCGUGUGUCACUCAUGUAAAUACUACACACUGUUAAUGCUUCAUUUGAGUGCCUAUCUGGUGUGUGCAUAUUUGCCUUCAUGUGCUCCGUGUGUGUGAGCAUGCAUUUGCCUGUGAAAGUUGGAGGUGAGAGAGCAAUGCACAAGCUCUUAGUGAGAAGUGAAGAUAAGUUUUUAAUAAGAUUUCUGCAGGUUUUUCCUCAUCACUUCGUCUCAUCUCACAUCUCUUCAUUAGUUUCAGUGCAGAAUAAAUUAAAACAAAUGUGCUCUCAGUUAAACCAUCAAGACAGUGAACUAUAAUUGAACACUUGUUUCAAACUGACUCCACAUUUCAUAAUCUCUAAACUGAUGAUUGAAGUUCUGUGUGCUUUUUCAGUUAACAUUAGAAGGAGGAAAGCGUAACACUACACAAACCAAAAGUUUCUCCUGUAGAGAAGAUUAAUCACGACAUACAAAUGAUUAAUCACACUGCUGAUGGUCUAUCGUGCUUUUUUUGGGACUUAAAAGGACACCAGUGUAAAUUCCAAUGAACAUUAACUCAUACAUGUAAGCUAACUGUAUAAACCAGCUAACUACGCUGCAUGUAAGAUUUGUAACUGAAUGGUGAUCAUGUUGAUGUAAGCGUCUGUAAAUUGACAUGUAGUGUAUAUAAUUGCAGGGGUAUCUCAUCACGAUCCUCAUAUGAAUGUAUGAAGUAGCUGCUCUAAUCAUGCUGUAGAUGUAAUCAGUGCUUAUUAUGUUUUACCUGGAGCUCCUAGCAUCUUCAUAUUUUGUUAUUUAUUUAAUUAACAAAGUAUUUAUUUGUUUUUUGUGCCUUUUCAUGGAUAGUUUUGUUUUUCACUUUUGCAAGAUGUAAGCCUUUUGUAAGGAAAUAAAAUCCAUCAUUCAAGAUAACUGGCAAACAAUGUAAUAUAUAUAAUGACCCCCUUUCUUUGCUUACAGAUUCCCUUUUUUUUGUCCUAACAUCUGGUAUGUCAUUUUUGAAACAAGACUGUUCGUGUGAGUAGGACAAAGUGAGAUUACAGCACAGCUUGUUCCUCUGGGCUUCAGUGCCAAACGUUUACAUCAGUCCCAUCUGCUCUGAUGUCACUGUCUGUACAGAAAUAAAUGACUGAAGUGUUGAGUUCUCUCCUUUACAGCCAGCCCUGUUGAUUUACAUUGAAGUCCUUUAAUGACCUGA